GCCGCAAAUAUGGAAUGAUUCGCCAAGCGGAUUGGAGUGCGGAGAAGUUGAUCAUCGAACAAAGUCGCAGCUAAACUUCUUUCCCCACCAGUGAAAUGAUCAUCUCGGAUCAGAUCAAUGAAUCUUUGUAAACCUGUCGAUUGACUGUUUAUCCUUCGUUGUGAUCGGUUCUCCCAGGUAGAGCAGCACUUGCUGUCUCGUCCUACCUUGCUUCAUCGUCGUCCUCCUGUCCGCUUGCUGUGUCGGCCGGUCUUUCAUCUCGAUGGUCCGAGAUCGGUCUCUCACGAUCGCAUCGUCACUUCUCCGUCAUAAUGGCGCCUCCUGAUCCUCGGAUCAACAGAAUCUCUUACGCUCGUAUGGUCCAGCCUGCGUUGCCAGCCUUACCUGGUCUUGGAAAACAACCACCGUCAAAGAAGAAAGCUCCGCCGCAAAAUGAGUCUGAAAAGGUUGGCACAACUUCCGCACCGCCAACUGCGGCGCAGGAAGAUACUCGAGACAAGGUCGAGUCGGAGGUGAUUGCUUCGCCAGAGACUGCGCCAACGACCGCGUCCCUGGAUGGGCCAGACGAUAACGAGGGCAAUGUUGUUCUCACUGGAUCGCCUCCAACCUCAGACGACCAAGUCGCAACCACUGCUCCUGAAGAGAUCACAUCGAACCAAGCUGUCAACCAGUCCAGUACUGAGGAGAACGAGUUGGCCGUACCAGAUCCCAAAGUGACUGCCGACGACAAAUCCAACUUGCCUGCGUCUGAUUUCACGGGCCAAGAAGGAACAAAGGAUGAGGUGACCACUAGUAUCGAGAACGCAAGUCACGAGACUGUUAAAUCCGACCAAGGUGACAUUCAAUAUCCUGCAUGGUCGUCGCCAGCGCCAAGUGCUACGGCUGGUGACGAACACCAGCAGCACACUUCGGAGUCAAAAGAACUUAUUGACCAAAUUCCUGUUGUCUACGAAAGCGCCAUCAGCCCUUCACCUUUCACACCCACAGACAACGGCACCCACUCUUCUGAGCAGGCCCGUAGUCAAUCACGCGCAACUCAAGGUUCUGGUCCGACAGACACCUCUGAACCCAUUGUGACGAACGGUUAUCAUCAUCGGGCAAUGACAGCGACCUCCAGUCGACGUCCAUCCAGCCCGGCGCCUCCCGCGAGGAUGCUCACCGCUCUGAUCCCUCUUCACGAGCAUCUCCUCCUGCUUGCACACACUAAAGAAGGCGUGGACUAUGCGAUUCAAGUGAACCCACCAGGUGUGCAGCCGUUCGUCGCUUACAGUCACUCAACGAUGAUGCUUCGAAGCCCACGACUCCGCAAGCUGAUGCAGAGUGUGCAAAGUCUGCCAAACAACAGCUAUGUAGGCAACCUCAUCAAUCUUUACCCUGCAUCUUACAUGGUCUCCCACGCCUUCGAGGCUGCUCUCCGGUUCCUCUACUCUGACACGGUCUUGUCCAACGACUUCUUUCUGCAGGCACAGCCUGGUCCCGACUUCCAUGCUUCCAGACUUCACAACUUGGACUACAUCUUGUCAUACUGGGUGGCCGGCAUCGAAUUGGGCACUGAACAAGUCUGUGUUUGUGCAGAAAGACUCUUGUCAAACUUCUUGGACUGGGACAUUAUUGAAAUCACAUACAAACAUGCACUGGAUUUCGGCAAAUCUCCGGUCGUUACCUCUGGCAAGAACAUGACGGGUGCGGAGUAUCUGAUCGCCAGCAACACCAUCAUCAGAAUGAUUCUCCGCUUCCUCGCAGCUCGUAUGAAUAUUGGCAGUUUCAAGCUCAAUGUGGACUCGGUUUCAAUUCACUUUGCGCCACGACUUCCACAGCUUGACGAUGGCCGUCCAAGACACAAUCCGACCUUGGCUUCGAUGGUAUUUGGCUCUAUGCCUUCAUCUGCCGGCAUGUCUACUGCUUCACCUUCACCACAAUCCGAGAUCAUUCCGAACCAUACGACCUUCAGGGAUACCGUGGCUUCAAACAUCCUUCUCAAUCUCGACUUCGAACACCUCUGCUUCUUCAAGAGCGCAGUUCGUACCGAGAAUUCGGUGGAUGACAAGGUCUUCAACCCAAUCCUGGCUGCAAUUGUGAAUGAGCGAGAGUCUCGUCGCCUCCGAGUCUUCAACGCACGCUCUUUCUCCACCAAAGACCGCAUGGCCAACCAGACCGCCUGGGACCCAGUUGGCUGGAGGGAGUACGUUGAAGAAGACGGAUGGAUUCACCGAGACCGUGUCGGAUACCUUCACCGUCCUCAAUCCAAAUAGAGGAACCUGUUCAGUUUCAUGCUUCGGCUAUGACACCAUUUCGUGGCGUUUCUUUAAGCGCUUGAGCGAUUUUCAGCAAGCGGUUAGCUUGUCUUCUACGAUGUUUUAGAUCGGAAAUGCAUGGCGUGGCGUUGCAUCGGAUGAACAAAGAUGGGUAUGGCUUGGGAGAACAUGUGGGAGGCUUCCGGCGCUUUCACGAUUUCAUAUGGGGAGUUGGAGCUUGGAUUGAGAAACAAAAUGGGCUACGGAACAAAAGUGAGCGACUUUCAUCGAGCUGUGCUUGGUUGAGCUGGUGCUGAAUUUGUGUGAAUAUGCAUGCGAAGAACUACCUUGCUUUCAGGGAGCUAUCUUGGGCGCUAUUGCGACAACACCUAGCUUGAGCAAGAUCAUCAAAAUUGGGGAGUGUAAUGACAUGAGGGCUGCUAGAUACCGAGAGAAAAGACAGAGCAAUCAAAUCAACUAAUUGGCUAAAGC